AUGAACCCGCACUACCACGGGUACGCGGAGCUGAGCUCACCGCACCCGCCCUCGCCGGAGGCAGCCUUCGCCGCCAACGGGCACGACUACCCUCACAACAACAACAACCCGGCCCUCAAGGAAUGCGCAGGAUGCGGCGGCAAAAUCGUAGAGAGAUUCCUCCUCCACGCCCUAGACAGAUAUUGGCACCACGGCUGCCUCAAGUGCACGUGCUGUGGCCAAGCGCUGGCGGACAUGGGCAGAUCGUUCUACUUCAAGGGGGGGAUGAUAUUAUGCAAAAGCGACUACACAAGAAUGUUCGGUUCAGGCGGCGCGUGCGCAGCGUGCGGGCAGGCGAUCCCCGCGAGCGAGUUCGUGAUGAGGACGAACGCGCCACAACAGCCCCUACACGUCUUCCACAUAAAAUGCUUCGCCUGUUCUAAAUGCGGGUCACACCUCAUGCAGGGCGACAGGUACUACAUGCUGGCGGGUUCCUUAGUCUGCGAACAAGACUGGCAGAAGCUGAUGAAGAGUGCGAACGCAGCAGCCCCAGGUGCCCCCGUGCGAAAGGGAAAAGUGGGGCGGCCGAGGCGAUCGAGGGAAUGA